GGAAGAGAUAUUCCAGUUACUAUUGCCGAUAAACAGAGUAGGAAUCUUAGGAAGCCUUCUUUUUGAUUCCUUAUAAUAAAUUACAAUCCUCGAAGAUCUUAAACGCAAAGUUACCACAAGCCCACCUUGGAGAUCAAUGCCAGUACAUUAACAAAAUCAUUCUCCGUGUAGAUAUCGCGUCUCCGCAUCCGAAAAUUUUACCGGAAAUUUCUCGUCUCAUAUGACCCCCUCGAAUAAAGCAUUUACCGAUUUCGGUCUUUUCUUGGCCCUGAAACACAAAACUAACCUGGUUUACCAAUCAGGAGUGGAUCAAGUUCUUCAACAAUCACUUUAGCAAACCGUCGCAGAUUUGCCAAGUCAAUUUCUUCCAUAAACUCUAUUUUACAAAUCCGUUUUUCUGCGAUCCUCAAUACACGCUGGCACAAACGGCUAACAGGCAAGAACCUCUUAACUUUUUUAAUUUAACCUUCACGCUUCGCCGCAUAAAGUUCGAUCAUACUGAGAGGCAAGUACGACGAAACCUUCAGAAUACUCAUAAAGAUGGCAGGCUCUCUUGAUAUCGAGAAGAACCUCGCGGAGCUUCCUGCUGAUGCUGAAGUUCUUCCGUCCACAAUCUAUCUUCCUCCGGGACAACUCGGUCGCGGAUCUCCACAACUAAUUGCUUGCAAAGGCUAUAAUCCUAAAGUGACCUCUCCAGCCUGCGAUUCUAUUGUCAAAGAAUGCAACCUCGAAUCAAGCGGAUUGCAAGUUAUGACCGACCACGACACAAACUCCCGACCCUUAUUCUUCUCAAACUGGGCUCAAGAAUGGGCUUUCGUAUUUACGGUUAUGCUUGCUUCAUCCUCCACAACUAUCAUUCAGGGUGUCAUUCUUAUCAUGACCAACUUGAUUGGCGAAGGAUUAAAAGCCUCUGCUCCUCAAGUAACCUGGAUCGCAGCUGCAGUUGGACUUGGCAGCGGUUCAUUUAUGCUUUUCUUCGGUAAGGUAGCGGACGAGCUGGGUCGAAAGAUUCAGUUACUUAUUGGAUUACUAUCUAUGAGCGCCUUCUCUCUCGUCGCCGCUUGGAGUCCUGGUCCAUACGAACUGAUCGUCGUUUGUGGUCUUCUUGGAAUGUGCACAGCAGCAAUUGCUCCCCCAGCUCUUGGUAUCCUCUUCGCCGCUUAUCCAGAAGGUCGUCGAAGAAAUAUGGCAUGUGGUGCUCUUGGCACUGGCAAUCCGGUCGGCUUCAUUCUAGGAAGUGUUUCAUCAGGUCUCGCUGUUAAAUACUAUGGAUGGAGAGCAAGUUUUGUCGUCAUGGCUAUCUUCUUCUUUCUUUUGGUUUUACUUGCUUUUUGGACGGUUCCGGUGAUUACAAGAGUGGGUAGUAGAUCGGAUGCGAUUCGAAGAUUCGAUUAUGCUGGUUCUAUAUUCAUUGUUUUGGCUGUCGCUUUGAUAUCAGCAGGAUUGACAGAAGGACCUCAAAGUGGUUGGCUAUCGGUACACGUCGUCCUUUUACUUAUAUUUGGUGUAUUCUUCAUCCUUGGUUUUAUUGCCUGGGAAUACUUUUACGAAAACCCCCUUCUCGAUCUCUCUGUUUGGCGCAACGGCAACUUUAGUCUUUGUGUAAUCUGCAUGGGAUUCGGAUACAUGUCAUUCAUCACAAACGAAUUCUGGAUUGCAUUAUACAUGCAAGAUGUACAACAUUACACGCCAAUACAAAUUGCUGCUCGUAUGUUGCCUCAAGCAGUGGCAGGAGUAUUUUGGAGUUUCUUGGGUCAAUGGCUUGUUCAAGAGGUGCAUGGAACCAUUGUGAUGGGUAUUGGAUCUUCGAUGUACCUUGCGGGGGCAAUUUUGUUGCUUUUCAUCAAGGAAGAUACAUCAUAUUGGCUGUUUCUAUUUCCGGCGCUCGUCAUAACAGUUAUUGGUGCGGAUUUUCAAUUCAUCGUCGCGAAUCUCUAUGCAAAUAAGCAAAUGCCAACCCAAGCAUCCCUCGGUGUCGGAAUCAUCCAAACAGCCUACAGACUCUCCAUAACCAUCGGUCUCGCCAUCACAUCCGCAGUCUUCAACACCGCCACUUCAAAAGAAGCAAGUAUCGAAGAUCCAACUCUACCCUAUCGACGUGUCUACAUCUGCUCCAUCAUAUUUGCCGCCAUCGGACUCGCAUGUAUCCCAUUCAUGCGAAUCCAAACCCGCAUCAGAGAUAACACAUCUACGCCACCUCGCCCAACAACUUUAAGAUCAGAUAACAACGCCAGUAUGAUUGUCAACUACUCUUCAUCUCAAUCCCAUUAUGACACCAUACUCCGACAGCUCAAUCUCCAUCGCGAAAACCCCCUCAACAUUGACGAACGAGUUCAGCGUGAACAUCGUACCGAAAUUAAUAAUGCCCAACGCUACGAUCCUGCACUUCCUAGAUCUAUGACCAUGAAUGAUAUCGCUCAAGGACUUCUUCGUCUUCCUCGAUGGAGUUGGGAAAAUAGACCACGAGCAGGUUUCUGGAGAAGUCGUAGAGGUAGUCAAUGUCACUGGGAGAGUAGUAAUGGCGAUAUGUUUGAGAUUUGCAAGAAGUGUAAGGAAGAGAGGAAGAUCAAGGAUGAAGAGGGUGCGUGGCAGGAGAUUGACGAGGCAGGUAGGGAUUGUGUUAAGGAGGGCGGAAGGGGUAAGGGCACGAGAGCUAUGGAGUUGGAGGUUAAGGACGAGAGGAGAUUUACUGUUUAGGGGGUUGUUUGCAAGGGGUUGUUGAUGAUGGGCGGCUGCAUGAAUGCGGGGAUACCCACUUUGCUUUUGCGUGUGGAGAUUUGCGGGUUCGAGCUAGAUGUUUACUUGCUUGCUUGUUUGCGCUUCUGCUUACUUGCUUUCUGGCUUGCUUACUUUCCACAAUUACCUAUUGCUUCAACAACUUCGCUUACGGUCUACGCGAAAUGGAAUGGAAUGGGAUGGAGGAACGAACAAACGGGCGCAAAUACGAACUUGGGAUAACAACGCAAACAUUGCGGAACAAACGACACGACGCAAUAAAGCAAGAAACUGACGGACAUACAAACAGAAGAAUCAUAAAAAGGAAAAAAAAACAUGAUACUACUUAGAGAUACGACGAUACGAGACAAUACGGUAGAUAGCGAGCAGGAGAGAUGUGUAUUGCCAGUUUCGGAGAGUAGAUAGUUAGAUAAAAAGUAGAAUGAAAUACAGUGCAAUGAAUGGGAUGUUUUACA